AUGACCCAAAUAGCGAAGAUAUUGGGACCCAUAGUCAAGGCAAUACAGUCUGGUGAUAAAAAGGUGACGUUUUUUGAAGGGGCUGGAAUCUCCACAGCGGCAGGUAUACCAGAUUUUAGAAGUCCAGAUACUGGGCUAUACUCCAAUUUGGCUAAGCUAGACUUACCAUAUGCUGAAGCUGUCUUUGAUAUUGAUUAUUUCAAAGAAAAUCCCAAGGCAUUUUAUACAUUAGCUCAUGGGCUUUAUCCCGGAAAGUUUAUGCCUACAAAGUUUCAUUACUUACUAAGACUUUUCCAGGAGAAGAAGUUGUUAAAGAGAGUUUAUACACAGAAUAUUGAUACAUUAGAAAGAGUUGCAGGUAUUGAAGAUGAAUAUAUAGUGGAAGCCCAUGGUUCUUUCGCCAGAAAUCAUUGUAUUGAAUGCUCGUUAGAAAUGUCAACAGAAGAGUUUAAAAAACAAAUGUCUGAUAAACUGGUUAACGAUGGAAUUCCAACAUGCAACGAAUGUGGCGGUUAUGUAAAACCUGAUAUAGUUUUUUUUGGAGAAGCAUUGCCUGUGAAGUUUUUUGAUACCUGGGAUGAAGAUGCAGAUGAGGUUGAAAUUGCCAUAGUGGCUGGUACAUCAUUGACAGUAUAUCCGUUUGCUUCAUUACCGGCAGAAGUUACAAGCAAGUCGCUUAGGUUGCUUAUUAAUAAUGAAGUAGUUGGUGAUUUUAAACAUGGUAAACGGAAGACCGAUGUUUUAGCUAUUUCUGAUUGUGACGAAGCAGCAGUCAUCUUGGCAGAAUUGUUAGGCUGGAGUGAAGAGUUAGAUGAAUUGAUAGAUAAAAAUAAGGUUUUAUUUGAGAAUACAUAUUCUAUUGAUGAUAAGCGGGAUGAUAAAGAAACUUCUAAGAACUCCUUAACCAAGGCGUCAGAAAAGUUAGCUGAAGAAAUAAGGGACGCAGAAGCAGAAAAGGAUACUAAGAAGCCAGAAAAAUUGGACCCGGAAAGAAAAUCAAAGGAGGCCAAGUCAAAUGGUGAUACCGAUAACCUUGAAAAUGAUAUUUCGAAGUUAAAGAUCUAA